CUAAACCGCCAAGAACAAUCUAGGAAUUUUCAAGGCUGGAGAAAAAGCUUAGUGCUUCUACGAUGGCGGAUUCGAUACUUACCUCUGAAAGACCUUCCAGUUCCUCUACACUGAAUCCUCCUUCCCGUAUCAUCUGUCAUGUGUGCCAGAAGCAAUUUUCUCAGUAUACUUGUCCACGAUGCAAUUCUCGGUAUUGCACCCUCCAGUGCUACAAGACUCACAGUCUUCGCUGUACUGAAUCCUUCAUGCGAGAAAAUGUGGAGGAGGAGUUGCGACAAAUGCAGCCUGAUGAUCAAACUAAGCGAAGAAUGCUCGACAUUUUGAAACGAUUCCAUUCGGAAGAGGAGACAGGCAGCAUGGAUGAGGAAGAGGGUGAGGGUGAGGAAGAGGGUGAUUCUACUCUGUCAGAGGAGAUUAUUCAAAAGAUUUCGUCUGGAGGUCAGAUCAGUUUUGAUGAUUUAUCUGUCGAAGAGAAGAAAAGGUUCCAAAGAGCUAUAGCGUCGGGAGAACUGAGUAAGAUGAUUGAGCCAUGGGACCCUUGGUGGCUGAAGCCUUCUGCAAGAACAAUAUCUCUUAGCAAGGACGGCACUCAACUCGUCCAACCUCUUGCCAAACAGGAAUCAAUGCCAUCCCCUCAAGAUGAUCUAGAAAAUGACCAGUCAAGUGAGAUUCCUCGUGGUCCAGAAACUCCACUUCCUCCAGUCAGCAGGGUCUGUUCUUCUGAGCCAUCCCCCCUUCUAGCCAUUCACUUAGUUGACAUCAUCUACAGCUAUUGUUUCACACUUCGCCUAUAUAAUGGAGACUGGCAAUCGGAUGCCUUAGGAUCAUCAAUGGUGGUUUUGAGUGUGUCCUCUGUGCUAGGUCAAGGAAGGCAGCCAGAAUCUGUGCUUGAAGCUCUGUCUCACUGCUUGGAGCAAACUUGCUCUUCAGCUUUUAAGCACAUGGGUGGCUCGCAGUUUGCAUUCGGUCUCAUAGACGACGUAAUUAGCCUUUUAUCUCUAGGAGGUUGUGCUUUAAUAUGCUCACUUUGCGAUCUUCAAAGGCUAAUUCGGGCCGGGAAGAAAGAACUACAAUCAGAGAAACCAAAGAAGUCGAGAAGUGGGGAAAUCAAAAGCAAGCUUAAAUUCGCUGAGAGGAAAAUAUAUUUCAUCGUGUGUUGGGUGCAUGAACAACCAGGGGAAGCUUGGUCUUCGUUGGCUAACAUCAUAAGGGCAGAGAAAGCUUCUGCCAUGGAAUAUAGUGGUGGUAAAAGCCCUGUGAAAAUGGAGGAAAAACCACAAAGGAGGUGCAAGCUUGUGAUUGAGGAGAUGAAAUAACUCCAUUUUCAAACAUUUUUGAUCGAUGUGAUGAAAACAUUUUAUCCUUGUGUAAACUGGACGUGUAAAUCUUCUUUAUCUUAGUUUGUUUGGCUACUGCUGAUUAUGAUCAAUUCAAUAGUCUUGCUUGAGAUU